AGGGCAAAACACCUUCUCUAGAACUUUCCACACCGCCUCUUAUACACCCUCCUCUUCUUCAUUACUCUCACCUCACCAUAAAAAUUAAAAAAUAUAAAAUAAAAUCCCCUCUAAUGUUUCUGAUCAUUCCAAAAAAACCCAGAUCACAAAAUAAAAAAUCUUGAAAAAUGGAAAAUUUCAAGAAUAAAGCAGAAGAAAUGGAAGUGAAGGUGAAAGAAGAAGCUGUAAUGUUACAUGGUAAUCAAUCUGCUCCUGCUCCUGCAUCUUCUUCAUCAUCUUCUUCAACACCACAGCCAAUGGAAGGGCUACAUGAAGUGGGCCCACCUCCAUUUUUGAUCAAGAUUUUCGACAUGGUGGAGGACCCUAAUACUGAUGAUGUGGUUUCUUGGAGUCAAGCAAGGAAUAGCUUCAUUGUUUGGGACUCUCACACAUUUUGUGUCUCCAUGCUUCCUAAAUUCUUCAAGCAUAAUAAUUUUUCUAGCUUUGUGCGCCAGCUCAAUACUUAUGGUUUCAGAAAAGUGGAUCCUGAUAGAUGGGAAUUUGCACAUGAGGGUUUCCUGGGAGGGCAGAAGCAUCUCCUGAAGACGAUAAAGAGGAGAAGGAAUGUAUCACAGGGGAUGCAACCAAAAGGAGGAGGACCUUGUGUCGAAUUAGGCCAUUAUGGGAUUGAUGGGGAGUUUGAAAGAUUAAGGAGGGAUAGGAACAUGUUGAUGGCAGAAGUUGUAAAGCUCCGCCAACAGCAGCAGGAUUCCAAGAAUCUAAUUAUUGCGAUGGAUAAUAGGAUCCAGGCGACAGAAGCUAAGCAACAAAGUAUGAUGAAUUUCCUUGCCAUGGCUAUCCGCAAUCCUCUAUUCCUCCAGCAAUAUAUGGAGAAGCAUGGAGUGGAUCCAAAAAAAAUUGAGAUUGGAAGGAAAAGAAGGUUGACGCUAAGCCCUAGUGUGGACAAUCUUGAGAACCAAAUUUCGGAUUAUACAAGUCAGCAGCAAGAAGCGGCCAGUAAUGCUGAAACUGAAAUGGAGUCAUUCUUGUCAGCUGCAGAGGAUAACGAGUCAAGUGAUAAUAUCAGGGUCCCAAAGGUACCUACGGAUGAUGAGUACUUGGAUGCCUUCAAUGAAAAUAUGUGGGAGGAAUUACUUGGUGAUGAUCUUAGAAUUGGGAACAAAGAUGAAGCUAUAGCAAGUGAUCAGCCUAGAGUGGAAGUUGACAAUCUAGCAAAAUCAUUGAGUUGGGAUAUUGAUGGGCUAAAAGACCUUGUUGAUCAGUUGGAAUAUCUCAGGUCGGAUCCGUGACUGGCUAAACUUUACACAGAUGAAUGAAGUGGUAUAUUAUGUUUGCAUUUUGGUAAAGGAAAUUGGUUGGUCUCUGCAACUUCAUCCCUGUACCUUAAAAAUCAUCACUACAUACUUUUUUACUUAUUUUUUUUUACUUUCCUCUUAUGGCUAAUCGCAUAAUUUGUGUCAUACAGCAAGGGAAGGGGAUGAUGAAAGUUGCAAGGAGGCUUAUGUGUCAUGAACCCUUGAAGAUAUCGAAUCAUCUAAUAGUUCACUAUUAUUAUUAAUAAAUUUUCUUUUCUCCAUUUCAGUUUCAGCUUCUGCAGACAUCUUUGGUGUCUCUGUGGUUGUGGUGCUUAUGUUUGUUCUGUACAUUUUGCAGGAACCAGGAAGGUACUGUCUCUAGAGUCUGGAAGUCUUGAACGACAACGGCUGCGGUUAUCUCUAUAAAAGGGUUCUUGCUUAUUGUUAGUGUCUUUGUGUCAUAUGAAGCUUACCUUCAUGUUCAGACCACUAUGGUUUCUGUGUUUUAUCAGUGUCAUUCCAAAAUAACCGUGUAUGUAGUUGUGUCUUGAAACAUUAAGGUUGUGUUGUAUUAUGAUUCUGGUAUGUAGAAGUAUAUUGUUACACUUUUUUUUUUUUUUUAUAUGUUAUCUACUUUCUUUUCUAGACA